AUGCAGCAGAUUCCUAAAGAGGAUUGUAUGUAUGUACACGGACAAUAUGUCAAGGAAUUAAGUGGGGAUCCUAAGCACGACACGCUUCAUGUUCCUAUGAAGAUCGCCGAACAACUUGGAGGGCUUAAUUACAACCUGCCUAAGCGCAUUGAGUCGUCGUCAAGUGAUAACUACGAGUCGUUGUGUACGCGCUACAACGCGCUUAGAAAUGAUCUCGACCAUUUCUGGAAUAUCUGGCAGAAAGACUACCUUGCCGCGCUUGCAGACAGAGAAGCAACGCGCUCACGAAAUGGUCGAGGAACAAUAGUACCACCACGCGUUGGAGAUAUACUUAUCAUACGAGAGCAGGAUGUUCCGAGAUCUACAUGGUUUUUGGGCCUCAUUUUACAGCUGCACACAUCCUCGGAUGGACAAGUAAGACUAGCGAGAAUAAGGACCGGCAAACGACACAUACUCGAUCGUACUAUCAAUCAUCUAGUACCACACGAGAUCAGUGCUAAGCACGUAGAGGACAUUCAGACGAGCAAACAGCAACGACAAGCGACGCGCAAGCGACAAUCUAGGAAAGUGAAGGCGGAGCAUUGA